CCGGUCCCCCGCCCCUUCCUUCCCGCACGGCGGCUCCCGGCGCGGCCGUGCCCUCGCCGCCCUCUCAUCUCUGCGCGCCCGGCGUCGCCGCCCCUCCCCCGAGCACCCCGCGUCCCAUCUGCUCACCGCGCGCCGCCCCCUCUCUCCAGCGCCGCCUCUCGCCGCUCCCGGCGCCGGCACUUCCUCGGCUGCUCUCCGGCGCCGACGCGGAAACGCCUCCUGCUGGCGGUAUCAGCGAGCGGGCGGCGCAGGUAGCAGAAUCGUGCCCUAGAAGAUACGACGUCUUCAGGUGGCACCACGCAAGCGGCCUUGGCCUCGGCUCCUCUGCUAGGGGCCUGGCGCGGUUCGCCAGAUCGACCUCCCCGACCUGCUUGCUGUUUAUGGUCUCCAAUGGCGUUUCUUGGGCGAAGAGCCAGGAGCUACAUAUGCUUGGAGCUAUGCGGUUCAGUUCUGAACCAGAGGCGGCACUCUUCUUCGAGGGUGGAUUGGAAGCAGCUGCGGCCGAUGAUUCUCAAGAGAAUUAAGAGCCGGUCGAAGGAGUACCCAAUCAAGCGGAUGAUCCCGGUCGCGGAGGAGGUCAUGAGGGCUAGGGAGAUUGUCACUGAGGGCGUCUCCACACUGCUCAAAGCUGUUCCUGUGCAUUCAUGCAAGUUUUGUCCUGAAGUUCACAUUGGAGCAACGGGUCAUGAGAUGAAAACAUGCCAUGGUUUCAAGCGUAUGAUCAAGGACCGACCACAUAAAUGGGGUCCUGGCAAUUUGAAUGACAUCCUUAUCCCUGUCCAGGCUUUCCACCUGAGAGAAAUGUUUCAGGAUGAGAUAAAGCAUGACCAGAGGUUUGACUACGCCCGAGUCCCAGCUGUACUCGAGCUCUGCCAUCAGGCAGGUGCAGAUAUACCUGAUGAGGUUUUAUACAGAAGUGAACAGCUAUCUACAACGGUCAGAGGCCACAGCCAACAACCUGCUCCUAUUUUGCCAGAUCAACUCAGAUAUAUCGGUCAGACAACACUGGAUGCAUGGGAAAGCCUGAGAUUAGGUGUCACGAAACUCCUUUUGGUGUACCCAUCUAAAGUUUGUGAGCAUUGCUCUGAAGUGCAUGUCGGGCCAUCAGGGCACAAGGCCAGAAUGUGUGGAGUAUUUAAGUUUGAGGGCUGGAAAGGGAUGCACAAGUGGAAGAAGGCCGGAGUGGAUGACCUAGUUCCUCAGAAGAUCGUGUGGCAUCGGCGGCCUCAUGACCCACCAGUUCUGGUGGACGGCGGGAGGGAUUAUUAUGGCCAUGCGCCUGCUGUCAUUGAGCUCUGCAUGCAAGUUGGUGCAAGAGUACCCCCGAAAUACCAUUGCAUGAUGAAGACACACGGCUUAGCACCACCUGUUCGAUGAGACCAGAUGUCUUAUAAAGUUGAUUGCCUAGUUAGAUUUAUAUUUGGUGGUAGACAGGAACUGUAUAGAUCGGACACCAAAAUAUUUUUAUUUGUGAAGGAUUUCAAGGGUGCAGAAGAUUGCUCUGGUAGAAGCCAUCAGUUAACAGUAAUGGCCAAAUAAGCAGAUACACCAUUUUGAAGUUCUCAACUCUCGAGUGUAUCAGAAUUCAGAAGGUUCGUACUAAACAAAACUACUGAUUUGAAGAUCCUCAGACAAUAAGGGAAAAUUGUUUGUGGGUUGUAAAAUAUUAGAAGAGAUCACUUCGUUGCCCUUCAUUUGUGCAGUUUUUCACGCUUCUCUAGAAUGGAGGUAGAGCUUUAGGACUAGCCUGCUGUCUGUUCUUCAGUUACUCAACUCAGCUACUGUAACAUCAGUGUUUUCAUUGUUAUCUUUAUUUUGCAAAGAGUAUUACCUUGAUUGGUCAUGUCACCACAGUGCUGUACCUUAGAUUGUUUCCCCUCCUCACUCGGUUAUCUGCUUGUCUCUGCUAGCCUUAUGGGCAAUUUUGUUGUGUGCAAGCCAUGUGAACAUUCAAGAGAAUUUGCCAUAUUCUGUAUUAUCUAUGUACACUGCUGUCACAAUGCGCAGCAAUUCAUUCUUAAAGCUGUAAUUUUGCAUGCA